UAUUAUAUAAUUCUAUUUGUGAUUCUUUUUUAUCUAUGGAACUGUUGACAAUAUUUGAGAUCAGAUCUUUAUGCCUGUUUAAUGCUUUCAUAUCAUAUCAACAACUGGCCCGUCAUAAGCAGAUAUUGAGUUAUUCAGAAAAAGAUGCACCGGAUAUGUUUCAGUCUGGCUGAAAUGUUUUUCUGGCUUGAUCUGAAUGCAGUCUUGUAUUAUACCUAAGAGCAAUGCUGUGAAAUUCUCUAGCCAGUUGUCUAAAAUUUUUCUGAAAAGCAUCAUUGUUGUGAGGACAGGACGUGCUUUAGAGACGCAGCUCACAGCACAGCAGUUCGAAGAGCACAUGAAUGGUGCAUUCGGCUGCUUGACUCCGUGAGACAGUGACCGUGAGAGCAUGUUCAUGAUGGGACUACCAUGGCUGCUAGUUCUGGAGCUUGUCCUUUACGCUGGGUGUUUCAUCUGCGGGGUGAUAGCUGCUGCCUGGAUGACACUCACUCAGGGCCACUUUGAUGGACGGUGCAUCCUCUAUGGAAGUGUUCAUUAUAAUGCAUCUGGCCAGGCACUGACCGUGGAAGGCUCCAGUUCUCCUUCAGUCUGCUAUUUCGUGUCUGCUAUUUCUGUGUGCAUGGCUAUUUACUGCUUUUCCCUUAUUCUUUACUGGAUCUAUGCCAGCUGUGUAGAUGAGGAUGUGAGAAGGGGGACUGUUUCUCUCAACACUUCUCUGGGAGUCUGUGGUCUUCUUCUGUUUGUUCUCAUGGUAUCAGGAUGUAUUCUCAAGAUCGGUCGAGACAGCCUUUGUUUCUCUGUCCUUCACAACACUCCCUCUAUUACAAGUUGUGAAGAUGCAGAGAAUAAAACUUGGGCCCAUCCAUACACCGGAAAUCGGUUCUACACAGGACUGUACAGUACUGAGAGAUCUAUGUGGGUAAGCUUCUUCUUCUGGGUGUUAAUAACGGCUGUGGUGGUCAUACAGAGACGCCAGAGCUCAAGGUUGAAGGUUUGGGGUGAUGAUGAAUUUAGCCGUGCUGAGACAGAGCCCUUCCUCCAUCGCCCAUCCCGCCAGAGAUAAAUCGGCUGUUCUAUCACUAUAACAUGAGCUCAUCAUGUAGUGUUUAGUGUAUACACUCAGAUGGGACCACAAGCAGUUAUGAAAUACCUAAUAGUAAUAAUAUUUUCAUUGCAACAUUUGAGUUUUUAAUUAUUCACACAAACAGUUUUUUGAUGUAUGAUAGCUACAAUGAUAUACACAGUUUUAAAAUAUGUCCAGAGAGACAAUAAUCAUUAGUCUUAGAGCAUGUCUUUGAACAUAUACACCAGGAUAAAUUCAUAAUGGCUUAUAUGUAUUCUUAUCUUAUCUUUACAAAUGUGUGCUGUGGAUUGUUUAGAGGAUUAAAAGAAAACUACGCCAAUAACUGAUGGUACGAAUCUAACAUUUAAAGCUGAAGUGUGGAAAUUCUGCCCCACUACCAGAAGAAAUCAGGAUGGUUUUCAAAAAGGUUUGCCAAACACUCCAUCAGCCAUUGGAUGAGCAAACAGAUAGUCCCGCCCCAAACUCACACUAUUGGCUGAGUGGUUGUUGUUGUUUCAGGAUUAGAUUUUAAUUAAUAAAAAGAAAAUACAUUCCACAUCACA